GCCAUCCGUAAGGUAAAUGUUGUGGGUGGAUGCUGGAUGCUCUAUAAUUGUAUUGACGAUCUCGGCCGUUACUUGGAUCAGGUUGCGCCCGCCGGCCAUCCGUAAGGUAAAUGCUUGUGGGUGGUUUACGUGUAUUGGCGCUCUCGGUCGUUACUUACUAGUAGAGCCGGGGUACGAAUCGCGCUCCAUCCCGAGUGUAAGUCGUCCUCAUGUUUCUGGUAGCUGAGUACGUGUACCAUCAUCUGUUCGGUAUUUUCGAGAGGGAAGCGAUGUGUUCUUUUUGUUUUCGUUUCGGUUUUGUUUCGUUUAGCUGUUCGCGUACUGAUAUAUAUAUAUAUAUAUAUAGAUGGAUAUGAUAUGAAUUUCAAAUGGACGCAGUGAUCGUCAUGAUGGCACUGCCGAUGAUGAUGAUGAUGAUGCGGAUGUCCGGCUGGUCUCGUUCUUCUGCUGCGUUGUUUUUUUUUAGUCGUUCGCGUACUGAUAUAUAGAUAUAUAGAUAUGAAUUUCAAAUGGACCCAGUGAUCGUCAUGAUGGCACUGCCGAUGAUGAUGAUGAUGAUGACGAGGUUCGGCUGGUCAAGUUCUGCUGCUGCGUGUAUGUGUGAUAGCUUCAGUGUCUCGUUAUCUACGGUGAAAGGAAAGGGAAAGGUGUACUACUUUGAAGAGGGAAUUGGGAUGCGGUGAUGUGAGGUGGAGACUUGACGAGGGAUCGAACUUGGGUUAUGACGUGUACGUGGAGAUUUUCGUUUCGCUUUGUAUAGGUGGGGACGGUUUCUUAAUGUCCUCCACGUGGUGCCAGAAGACCUGUUCUUUAGGCUAGGCUUGAUCCGCAGAAGACUGUUGAUUCGAGUGGGUCGUUCAUGUCCUGUUUGUGGAAGGCGGAGUUGAAAGGAGUAACGCCCGCCAAGAAGAUAGAAGUAGAGGUUUUGAAUGACACUUUUGGUCGUUGAAAUACCUGUAUGCCGGUGGACGAUUUCGAUGGUCUUCUGACGAUUGAUUUCGAUGAUCUUGUGACGAUUUCGUUGCUGUUGAGAACUGUGUCAACCAUGCUAUUAAUGUUUUUUUCGGGUGUCGCUGGUGGAGUUGCUGCAAUUCUUUUUGCUUGGUUGAAGUCAUUGGAUAUUGUUGGAAUGCCCGCCAAGAAGUCUGAGAAGUAGAGACUUUGAAUGUCACUUUUGCGCGUUGAAAUACCCGACUUCGAUGAUCUUGGCAUGUGACGGGUCUCGAUUUCCUUGUGAAGAAGAUCCUGUUGGGAGCCGUGUCAACCACGCUGUUAACGGUAUUUUCUUGGUUUGUGACGGGUUUCGAUUUCCUUGUGAAGAUCCUGUUGGGAGCCGUGUCAACCACGAUGUUAACGGUAUUUUCGGGUGUCGCUGGUGGAGUUGCCGCUUUUUUUUGCUCGGUUCGGAGUCAUUGGAUAUUGUGGGAAUGCCUGCCAAGAAGAUUGAGGUAGAGAUGUCGAAUGACACUCUUGCGCGUUGAAAUACGUGUAUGCUGGUGGACGUUUUCGAUGAUCUUGUGACCUUUUCGAUUUAUCUUGUGAAGAUCCUGUUGGUGGCCGUGUCAACCACGCUAUUAACGGUAUUUUCGGGUAUCGCCGGUGGAGUUGCUGCUUUCUUUUCGCUCGGUUCGAAGUCGUUGGAGAUUGUUGGAAUGCGUGCCAAGAAGAUUGAGGUAGAGAUUGUGAAUGACACUUUUGCUGGUGGAUGAUUUCGAUGAUCUUGUGACGAUGUUGAGUACCUUGUGAAGAUUUCGAUGCUGUUGGCAGCCGUGUCAACUGCGCUAUUAUUGUUUUUUUCAGGUGUCGCUGGUGGAGCUGCUGCAUUUCAUUUUGCUCGGUACAAAGUUAUUGGAUGUUGUGAGAAUGCCCACCAAGAAGAUGGAAGAGUAGAGAUUUUGAAUGACGCUUCUGCUCGUUGAAAUACCUGUAUGCUGGUGGACGAUGGCGAUGAUCUUGUGACGAUUUCGAUCCUGUGGGGAGCUGUGUAUACCACGCGAUGAAUUGUUCUUUUGGGUUCGGUGGUGGAGUUGCUUAAUCUCUUAUUGCUCGGUACAUCAUCAUUGGAUAUCAUUGGAGUGUCUUCGUUCGUCCGUGUAGUGGAGUUGCUUAAUCUCUUAUUGCUCGGUACAUCAUCAUUGGAUAUCAUUGGAGUGUCUUCGUUCGUCCGUGUACUGCAAAUGAAGAUCUGAGCCUAGAUGCUGAACUUAGUUGUUCCUGGACAGUUCUGUGCGGCGGCUGUGUACUGUGUCUUGUGACAGUUUCAUCUAUCGAUCGAUUCAUUCGGAGGAGGGGAUGAACGAUUGGCAAUGCCCUUCGUUUUUUGGCACAACCCUGUUUGGAGAUCCCCCGUUUGUCUGCCUGCCGGUUUAUCUUUCUGUCUGUUCGUGCGCACGUCUGUCUGGGAGUGUCUGUGUCCGUCUUCACGCCCGCUUAGCUCUCCCCGGGUGCAUGUGAGUGUCUGUGCAUCUGCCCUUUUACGUGUCAAUGUCUGCUCGUGUCCAUGUGCGUGCCUGUACAUCUUUACGUGUCAAUUUGUCUGCAUGUUCGUCCUUCGUACUGUCCGUUUAUCCGCCUGCCUGUCGCUUGCUUGACCGCGUGUGCGGCACGUUUGUCUGCCUGGUCGUCCGUUCCUCUGCGUUCUUGUCGUUCUUGUCUGUUAGCGAUCCUGCCACCUGUCUUUUCUGGAUCGCCUUUGGCCUCUCUUAGCUACGUGUCUGACCGACCGCCUGUCUCUCUGAGCUUGUCUUUCUGUCUGCGUCCCCAUCUCUGCGUGCGUGUAUCUGCAUGUCCAUCUGCGUGAUUAUCUCCCUCCCUUCUGUCUGCGUCCCCAUCUCUCGGUGAGUGUAUCUGCAUAUCCAUCUGUCUGCGUCCCCGUCUCUCGGUGCGUGUAUCUGCAUGUCCAUCUGCCUUAUUAUCUCCCUCCCUUCUGUCUGCGUCCCCAUCUCUCGGUGAGUGUAUCUGCAUAUCCAUCUGUCUGCGUCCCCGUCUCUCGGUGCGUGUAUCUGCAUGUCCAUCUGCCUGAUUAUCUCCCUCCCUUCUGUCUGCGUCCCCAUCUCUCGGUGCGUUGCAUGUCCAGCUGUCUGGUCCUGUCUCUCGGUGCCUGUAUCUGCAUGUCCAUCUGCCUUACUAUCUCCCUCCCUUGUUGGGUGUCUAUGUGCAUGUAUCUGAUUACACCAAUACGUAUUAAGUGGUGUAUCUGCAUGUCCAUCUCCCUGAUUACUUCUCUGCGUUGUUUUGCCUGUGUGCAUGUACGUUUGUGUCUGUGUGGAUGUGCGUGUCCACAGGAAAAUCUGUGUAGUCUUCAUCUGAAACAACGCAUGUUUGCCUGUCUGCAUCCCUGUCACUCGGUGCGUGUAGAUGCAUGCCCGCUUGCUUGAUUCUCACUCCCCUGUUGUUUGUCUGUGGGCAUGUAUGUUAUCACAUUGACAUGUAAGACGUGGUUAUGUUAUGUAAGGCUGUGUGGAUGUGCGGGUGCCCAGGAGAAUCUGCGUAGUGUCUUCGUCUGAAUACCACGCCUGGUCAUUAUAGCUGUAUUGGAAGCAACUUCCGACCAGGCGUUGUAUUGGGGUGAAGACAGUAGUAGGGGCCUUUUGGCUGCCUAUGGAGUUUUAAGCACUCCCAGGGUAUGAAGGACGUAGACGAACGGGCCUAGCUCAGUUGGUACACCCAUGAACUGUUUUUCUUACACCCAUGAACUGUUGCAAU